CACCGGGGCCGGUCGGCGCGGGGUGGGCUUGGCCCCGCGGCCCCGCCUUCACUGCGCCGCCCGUCGGCCCCGGCCGGAGCCCGGCUCUACGCGCUGACGCCCUGUCGUCCCCGCAGAGCGAUCGCCGCGGCCAGAAGAGUUGGCGCUCGGGGCGGACUCCUUGGAACUGGCUUAGCGCACACAUCCCACCUCCCGAACCCUGGGACCGGUCCAACGGGCGCCCCUCCAAGCAGAGCCUUGGAGGGCAAGGCCGGCACCAUUACCUCCAACGAGUGGAGCUCUCCCAACUCCCCUGAGGGGAGCAACGUCUCUGGGGGCAGUCAGGCGCUGGACAAGCCCAUCGACAAUGAUGCAGAGGGCGUGUGGAGCCCGGACAUUGAGCAGAGUUUCCAGGAGGCCCUGGCCAUCUACCCGCCCUGUGGCCGCCGUAAAAUUAUCCUGUCGGACGAGGGCAAGAUGUACGGUCGGAACGAGCUGAUUGCCCGCUACAUCAAGCUCCGGACAGGGAAGACCCGCACCAGGAAGCAGGUUUCCAGCCACAUCCAGGUGCUGGCUCGUCGCAAAGCUCGCGAGAUCCAGGCCAAGCUAAAGGACCAGGCAGCUAAGGACAAGGCCCUGCAGAGCAUGGCUGCCAUGUCGUCUGCACAGAUCAUCUCCGCCACGGCCUUCCACAGUAGCAUGGCCCUCGCCCGGGGCCCCGGCCGCCCAGCAGUCUCAGGGCCCGUGCCAUGCAGCCUCAUUCCUGCCCUCCUGCCAGGUGGAGAGCUGGUGCCCAAGAACAAACCCCGAAAAGCCCCUUUUCAGAGCUGUCUCCUCGGAGAGGUUUCUUGGCUCCAGGGACUAAAUGAGUCUUCAAGGCACCUGCAGCACCACCGUAGGCACGUGAGGAAGGGGCAGUGCCAGGCCACAGCAGUUUUCAAAGUGUGUCCCAGAGAGCACUCGUCCAUCCGCAUGUUAAACAGAUGGGACACAGUGGUGCUGUGGUUUUGGCAAGGAGCUUUGCCAGGCCAAGCCGGAACGUCCCAUGAUGUGAAGCCUUUCUCUCAGCAAACCUAUGCUGUCCAGCCUCCGCUGCCUCUGCCAGGGUUUGAGUCUCCUGCAGGGCCCGCCCCAUCGCCCUCUGCACCCCCGGCACCCCCGUGGCAGGGCCGCAGCGUGGCCAGCUCCAAACUCUGGAUGUUGGAGUUCUCAGCCUUCCUGGAGCAGCAGCAGGACCCGGACACGGCAGACCUCAACACCAACAUCGAGGAUGAAGGCAGCUCCUUCUAUGGGGUCUCCAGCCAGUAUGAGAGCCCCGAGAACAUGAUUAUCACCUGCUCCACCAAGGUCUGCUCUUUCGGCAAGCAGGUGGUGGAGAAAGUUGAGACAGAGUAUGCUCGCUAUGAGAAUGGACACUACUCUUACCGCAUCCACCGGUCCCCGCUCUGUGAGUACAUGAUCAACUUCAUCCACAAGCUGAAGCAUCUCCCCGAGAAGUACAUGAUGAACAGCGUGCUGGAGAACUUCACCAUCCUGCAGGUCGUCACCAACAGAGACACACAGGAGACCUUGCUGUGCAUUGCCUAUGUCUUCGAGGUGUCAGCCAGUGAGCAUGGGGCUCAGCACCAUAUCUACAGGCUGGUGAAAGAAUGAGAGACUCGGGGAGCAGGGAGGGGGGAAGAGACGUGUGUGCAGGAAAUGGGGACGUGGGGAGGGGACCUGCAGGGGCAGCCCCUGAAGUGCCAAGAGAGCUGAGAGGAGCAGUUGUGACUCUACCCAGGAACAAACUGUGCCUGAACCUGCGGUGCCCAACCCCAAAUAAACCCAAGAUGCUGUGUCUUUUCAGAGGA